CUCUCUGGGCUCUUUGUCUUCUUCCUGUCAGGUAGAGGAUUGCUCUGCUGGCUAGCAGAGGUUCCUUGGCAGCCAGAUAAACUCCUAGGACCACUCCCACCCAAGCUGGGACACAGAAAACGCCAGCAAGAUGGAUGGCCCCAGCAAUAUCUCACUGGUCCAUGGUGAUACCACGCUGGGCCUGCCAGAGUACAAGGUGGUCUCAGUCUUCCUAGUGCUCCUGGUGUGCACCACCGGCAUCGUGGGCAACACCAUGGUGGUCCUGGUGGUGCUGACCUCACAAGACAUGCACACGCCCACCAACUGCUACCUGGUCAGCUUAGCUCUAGCCGACCUGAUAGUGCUGGUGGCCGCGGGGCUGCCCAAUGUCUCUGACAGCCUGGUGGGGCACUGGAUCUAUGGACAUGCUGGCUGCUUGGGUAUCACCUACUUCCAGUAUCUAGGCAUCAAUGUUUCCUCCUGCUCCAUCCUGGCAUUUACUGUGGAGAGGUACAUCGCCAUUUGCCACCCAAUGAAAGCACAGACUGUGUGCACCGUGGCCCGGGCUAAACGGAUCAUCUCAGGUAUUUGGGGGGUCACAUCCCUCUAUUGCCUACUCUGGUUCUUCUUGGUGGACCUCAAUGUCCAUGACAAUCAGCGCCUGGAAUGUGGCUACAAGGUGUCCCGAGACCUCUACCUGCCCAUCUACCUGCUGGACUUCACUGUCUUCUUCAUCGCACCUCUGCUGGUGACCGUGGUGCUCUAUGGGCUCAUCGGGAGGAUUUUAUUUCAGAGCUCAUUGUCCCAGGAGGCCUGGCAGAAGGCGAGACAACCCACUGGGCAGGGUGAGGGUGCACCAGGCAGUUGCUGCUCUAGAUCCAAGGGCUCCAUGUCCUCCAGGAAGCAGGCCACCAGGAUGCUGGCAGUGGUCGUGCUGCUUUUUGCCUUGCUGUGGACCCCCUACCGCACGCUGGUGUUGCUCAACUCUUUCCUGGCCCAGCCUUUCCUGGAUCCCUGGGUUCUGCUGUUCUGCCGCACCUGUGUCUACACCAACAGUGCCAUCAACCCUGUCAUCUACAGCCUCAUGUCCCAGAAGUUCCGUGCGGCCUUCCUGAAGCUGUGCUGGUGCAAGGCAGCUGGGCCGCAGAAGCGUGCAGCAUGCGUCACUGCCAGCAGCUUCAGUGCUGUCCAGGAGACCCCAGGAGGGACUGAGAAGAUGCAGCUGGGCUCCAUAGAGGCCUCAGGUCCCACAGCUGCUGGGUCGCUGCAUUGCCAGCAAGAGCCCCACUUCAGUGCACUCUGAAGGCUCCUGCCUGGCCCCUGACUCUGCUCCCUGUGCUGGCUUGCUCACUGGUCUGGUUGAUAUCUGCUCUGAGCACUGGUGGAUCGCCAGGAGAGGGACAGAUAGCUCACUGCCCAUGUGUCACCAGAGGUCCCUUUACCAUGAAGGAGGACACUGGAAUGUUCUCAGCUAGAUCCUGUGUGGGUAGCUCUCUAUUCUGAAGCCAGGCUGGUGGGAACAGAGAGGAAGCUGGAGACCCAGUCUUCACCCCUUCAAAACCUUUCAUCUGUUCCCACUCAUUACUUUAAGCAUCUUUUGGAGUUUAUUAUUGAAGGAGUGUCCUUCCAGGCAUUGAGCACUGCUGUUCCUUGGUGAGCCCAUGCGUACAGGUUUCAAAUGUGGUCAUUGGACAGUGGGGGUUAUACAGAAUGGGUGUCCAGCCAGUCACCCAGGGCUGUUCCAUGAUGUUCAUCCCUGGCCCCAGCAUCCCUUCCAGUCUUCCAUUAAGGUAGGCAUCCCUGUAAGAGAGCCCACCAAGCAAGCUCACCCACCACAGAUGUUCUUUUUUUUUUUUUUUUUUGGU